AUGAAUCAGAGCAAAAAGUGCACCAGUUUAAGUGAAAUAAAUAAUAAGCUCACAGAAGAAGUGUUAACAAGUAUUCUCUCAAAAGCACAUAAUGGAAAGGAAGUGCAGUUAACAGACUGGAACUUUAAAGCGGGGUCUGCUAAGGGCGACAAUUAUUUGUCAAAUGUUUAUAAGGGCAGCGUGAACGGCAUCAUCAACGACGACCCAAAGCAACAUGCGCAGAUAAAUAUUGUCGUCAAGUCAAUGCCGAAGAAUCCUGGCACAAGAAAGUCUCUCAGAAGUGCCGACUUUUUCUCCAAUGAAAUUACUUUUUACACAAAGAUUAUCCCCAAAUUUGAGAAGUUCGUAGCAGACAAAGGACAAAGCGAUUUAUUACACAUACCACGUUACUUGGCUUCCUUCACGGAUGACGAAAACGAUUUUAUAAUUCUGGAAGAUGCAUCUUGUCUAGGAUUUUAUAAUAUAUCGAGACAGCACAUCUUAGACUGGACGGGAUGUACAGCAAUCUUGAAAAUAUUGGCAAAAUUUCACGCAAUCUCGUUUGCGUACAAAGAUCAAAAGAAAGAAGAGUUUGCUGAGCUUGCGGAUUCUUUGAAAGAAACUUUCUUCACUAGUAACUAUUGGCAUUGGUACAAAGGUUUUCAUGAAAAGGUACAAGUUGUUGUUAGACGGGCAUUAGCCAUCGAAUAUCCUAAUAGUAAAGCCGAGGAACGAUACAAUUCUUACAAGCUGGGCGUUCUAUUUGACAAAUGCAUAGAAUUAUGCGAGAGAAAAGUUGCUCCUACAUCAGUUAUAACCCAGGGUGACUGUUGGAUUCCGAACUUCUUACUUCGCGAUAUUGAGCCAAACCGAACAGAAUCAAUAAUGCUCGAUUUUCAACUUGCACGUUGUGUGCAGGAACAAUUUGUUUUUGGCGUAUUUCAAGCACUCGAUGUCAUUCCAGUAGCUUUGAUGACUGUAUCUGAAUCAUUCAGUAUAGAAACCGCUGUUGAGGGUGAUGAGGCAAUAGAUAUUAGUGAUGCGAUGAACUUUAAUAUUACAACAGCAAGCGGAAGACAAAGAAUAGCAGAUGUGAUAAUUCAUAGCAUUGAGAGAGGAUAUAUAUGA